UGGGCUUCGGAGGUGGGGGGAGAUCAGCUGCGACGGAGAGACAGACGAAGAGGAAGCCGCCGCAAAACCCUCACGACUCUUCAAGCCAUUUCCCGCCAAAUCCACCGCUGGAAAGAUGCUCUCCACGCGUGUCCAGUGCGCUCUCGCGCUCCUCUCCCUCGCACUCGCCCUCAGCAGCGUGUCCGGCGCGCCGUCCGACGCCAAACUGCGGCAGUUUCUUCAGAGGUCGCUCAUCGGCCCGUCCGGAAAACAGGAGCUCGCCAGAUACACGCUCGCAGAGUUGCUCUCAGAGCUGGCGCAGGCGGAGAACGAGGCGCUGGAAGCGGAGGACAUGCCCCGCGGAGCUGAGCAGGAGGACGUGCGCAUGGAGCUGGAGCGCGCCGCCGGUCCCGUGCUCGCGCCCCGCGAGCGCAAAGCGGGAUGCAAGAAUUUCUUCUGGAAAACUUUCACGUCCUGCUAAUCGUUCGUCACCAAACUAUCGCCGAGGCCUAUUUUUUCCACAGUUUUUUCUCUCCUUUUCUCUCCUUUUGGUUCCCACGCAUUCACGACCACAUCAUGAUGUUCAUCAUUAAUGUCUCCAAAAAGUUGUAAAUAAGAAAAUAAAAGUUGUUAACUUUGGUCUUUUGACGACAGUGACGACAGUUUAAAUUGUCAUUGAUCAUUUGACGUUUUGCGGAGAGACUCGAAAGGAUGCUUUACGAAUGUAUGGAAAUUCUGCUACUGGUUGUGCUUUAGGCAGAAAAAAAUAUUUUUAAUUGUUUGUUUGAAUAAAUAUCUAUGUUUCAGAC